AUGUCCGGGUUUGGAAGAGGAGCGAGCGAUUGGGCGACAGCGACGCACCUCGCGUCACACCCACUCCUACUUUUCCGCAUGAUGCAGCGCUACUCCGUCAUCCUGCGCCAAUUUUAUGACGAUGUCAACGAUAACUUGGAAAAUGAUGUCAUGCAGCGUUUAGAGAGUUUACGAGGGAACUACUUUUGGCCUUCUCAAACUGAUCUGGGUGAUAUUGCUUCGGCAAUUUUUCGACUUCAAGACGUCUACGAUAUCGAUCCUUUAGAUCUUUCUGCCGGAUACUUGCACGGAAUUCAGACCAACGCCCAUCUCACUGCGAGUCAUGCGGCCGACUUGGCUGAUCUGGCGCUCUCUUUCGGUGACUCUUUAACAGCGGGCGAGUGGCUAAAAGCUGCCCGGGAAAAGGUCGUGACCUUCGGGGACGAAUCGGUCUUUCUCGACCAGCUCACCCACCCCUGGGGAAAAGCAGUCGCUCUGCAUGGAAAACUGUGGAACAUCGACGACUUCCAUAUUCCCGAUAUUUUCGCCGAAUCUCGCCGCCUCCUCCGAGACGCGCACGAAGCUUCAAAAUGGAAUCUGAGUUACAUCAAUCGCGCCGCAAAUUAUAAAGCGCUCUGUCGCGGGGAUGACCUUCCUGGAAAUCUGCGCCCAAAAAAUGGGAACCAAAAUGCAAAAUGUUUCCUAUUCCGAGGUCAUCCAUAUUUUGCGGUGAAUCCGCAAUAUGUUGAAGUACACUCCGCAGAUCCCGUCAUCCUCGAGGUGCACUACUUUUUUGGCGACGGCGUCAUCCAGGACGUGAGCGACGCGGUAUUUAACCCUCUCAUGGAAGCUAGUGAGCAUUCAAGCGGAAAAGAGGCCGCCUUCCUGCGUGACAAGACGACCGCGCCGGCCUGGAUUUUCGCCAAGAUUCCCUCCCUCGAAAGAUCUUUCGCCAAAUUGGAGAAAAUUGUGGGGCGUCGUGUAGCUCGGAAGGAAGAGGAGGAAGAAGAACCAUCUUUUUACAUGCAGUCAUACUCUGUAGGAAAUUAUUAUCAGCCUUGCCUCCAGUGUGAAGAGGAGCUCCCCAACAUCGUGGACAGAAUUGGGGGUCGAAUCGCCACGACGGAAUUUAUCUUGGACGACACCGAGGCUGGAGGUGAGACCGUUUUUCCGCAAAUUGGUCUCCGCAUAAGACCGAAGAAGGGCUCUGUCCUCAUUUUUCUAGACGAAGGCGUCGUCACUCAGGAUUAUCGGAGACUAAGGGCCUCCUGUCCGGUUCUUUUGGGACAAAAAUGGGUGGCGAGUAAAUUCCUGUAUGAGCGGGGUCAAUGUCAUCCUCUACUUCCGGUCGGUAAAAAUGCCUUUUUAAAUCAUCUCGUAACUUCUUAAUUCCGGUUUAUCAACUCAAAAUUGUCAUAAUGGGGUUGAAAUUAUUAUAAUUAUUUGUUAAUAUUUCUGUUUUUAUAAAUGAAUAAAUAAACCGUUAUUUUAUUUUAGAGA